AUGAAGAGAUAGCUUGGUGAGUAUGAGUCUAAGAUAAAGAAAUUAAUAAUAGAAUUUGAGGGAAAUUCUAAAAAGCACAAUAAAGAAUUAAAUAAACUGCAUGAACAAUACAUAGGAAAUAAGACUAAUGAAAUGGUAUUAAAGUAGAGGAUUAAGCAGUAUAAGAUGGUUUAGGAGACAGGAUUGUAAGGGUAAAAAUGGGAGCAUCAUAUGAUGAUUUCACUGCUAUCUCUGAUUUUAUUUAUGAGAUAAAGUUAUCUUUAUUACAACUAAGAGGAUGAUGAGACUGAUAGAUAAUGGAAGAAUCCUUCAAAGAGAAAACAAAAUUAAUACUAAAACAUAUGCACCAACCUAAGUACUACUGACUUGAUUAAAAGUAGGUCAAAAAUUAUGACUAAGAUGAACAAAAAAUUAUUAUAGAGGGUACAAAAGCAAGCUUUUAAGUGCAAAUAGUCCAAUUAACCGUAUCAAUAUAACAACAGAUAAGACUAAGGGGAUGAAGAGGGGGAUAAUCACUCAGACUCUGAGGAUCUCCUAAAGAUUAACAUAUAAUAUUGA